CAAAGGGAGAUAACUAUCAACACAUGAAUCAACACCGGUUCACGGAUUUCCACAUCAACAAAAAUGUUCAGUGUUUACCAAUGACAGUCAUGAUGAAUAUUGUAUUAUUGAGGCUAAUUCAUUACGUAUUAGCCCUAGGUACAUUUGUAAAACAAUGUCUGUUGAAAAUUCCGGCAUUGCCAUUCAACAAAACCGAUUAUUCUGUUGUCCAGUCUGAUGCAAGACAGUUGAAAAAGCUGCCUCUGCAUUUGGGACUUAUUUUGUGUGAAAAGGAAUUGUCGUAUGCAGACAUUGCUAGAACGAUCGUGUGGUCAUCUGCUAUGGGAAUAACAUACAUCAGUGUUUAUGAUUCAAACGGAGUAAUUAAAAGAAAUGAACACUGUCUGGCAUCAGAGUUGCAGAAACAGAGGGGAUUACAAACAGAUUCAGAAAAAAAUAAAUCUGAUAUACAGAUCAACUCCGGUUGGAAGACACAAGAUAAAUGUUCAUCCAGGACAAAUGUCUAUCUUUUAUCACAGCAAGAUGGACGACAGUCCAUUGUUGAUGUGGCCAAAACUAUAUGUUGCCGAGUAAAGUCAAAACAGAUGAAGGCUGCAGAAUUAAAUCCGCAGAGUUUAGAUGUUAUUUUUCAAGAGGAAUCGGGCUACCCAGAUCCAGACAUUAUCAUCCGGUUUGGGAGCGUGGAGUCCUUGCUGGGCUUCAUGCCCUGGCAUGUACGCCUCACUGAAAUAUUAUCUGUUCCAUCUCAUAUAGGUCUUGAAUAUAAAGCGUUCAAGUCGGUGCUAGUCAACUAUGGUAAUACACACCAGAGGUUCGGCAAAUGAUGAAAUAUUAGUGCAGCGUAACCCUAUUUCAGUGUGGUUUAUCCAUUGUGGUCACACAGUAUCAUUCAUAUAAUUCCUUAGCAUUUUGUGUAUGUUGAGAGUGAUGAUGUUCCCAUGUAAGAAUGAUUGCAAGUGUAUUAGAAAUAACUGGUUCACUCCUGACUUUUGACACUGUUUUUUACUUACACACAAUUCAAUUGAUUAGAUCAGAGAAAACCUACUAUAUGGCAGGCAUGCACUUUAUUAAAGAAAGCACAUUGUUUGCCCUUUUUUCAAUGUAAAAUGUUUCAGUUCAUUUUGAAAAAAAAAUAAGAAAACAAUUCUUUAUCUGUUUAAAAAUUGAUAAUUAAGAUUUUCUAUACAAUUUUAGAUAUAACGCAUCUAUAAACUAUUUCAUAUUCUGUGAGCAAACACAUUUCUUUGGCUGUCAUUGAAGUAUUUAUAUUACCUUAACAAUGGACAUAGCAAGUGUAGGAAGUCCAUCAAGAAAUAGUUGUGGCUUACCUUCAUAUACUAGUAGUAGAUUUAUUGGGUCUGUUGUAUAAAUAUACAGGUUUUUUUUUGUAUUUUUGUGUCCAUGGCAUGGAAUUCGGGUCAUUCCAUUACCAUUUCAGUCCAAAGACAAACUGGCCUUGUCCAUAUUGGCCUACUUUUCUAUAGUAUUGUAUAUUAAUUUUUCUCAGAAAUAUUCUCUGAACAAGAAAAGGAUUUAUACACCCUCUCAGUACUAGCAUGUGGGUAUAAAACAAAACAAAUAAACAAAACAUAAUAAAUAUCAAAACAAAUCUGGAUUGAACUGAAGUGAUAUGAAAUGAAAUGUUGAUGUUAAAUUUCCACAAUUUAUUCAAUAAAUCUUAUCCAUAAUCUGAAGGCCAAGUUAGACGUGGCCAAAAUGGGAACUGGGCCAAAAUAUUAUAUAAUUUUUCUUUUUGGAAUCAAUUAAUGGUUAUCCUUUUAUUCAUAAAAUCACAUACUAAUCAUGAACAGGACACAUAAUGAAGAAGAAGAUCAUGAUAUACAACUAUUUCAUCUUAAAACAUCGCAUAUAUACGUGAUAAAUAUAACUUUUGUUAUUUUGCUGACUGGUCCAAAUUGACCAGAUAGCCUGUUAUGGAACCUUGCUGUCUCCCCAUCAAUAUGUAGAUGCUGAUAGGCUUUACUUGCUGUCUGCCUUCAUUUUUAAUAGAAUGGUAUGUACACAUAUGCAGUAUUUCAACCUAGUACAUGUACACGUAAAACAUGACAUAACCCCUGAAAUAUUGUUUUUUUAUUGAUAAAAAUUAUUGUUGGGGCUUUUUAUCGCUAAUAAGGUUUUUCUUUUUAAGCUACUUUUAUUAUUAUUUAAACUGAUGCUAAAUGUUAAGUGACCAGUGUCAUUUUAAGUACUCAUGUCCACUUGGUUGUCAGCAAAUCUUAAUGUUAGUGAGUGUGUGAUUUUAAACUGCAUUAAACUGUACUUUAUAUAGUUUGCUGCUUAUAAUAGUAUUACAUCAAUUCAUUUAUACUAUCAAUUUGUUGGUUAAGCAUCAUAAAUAGUUCUGUAUGCAGUACUUGUUUUCUACAUGUUUAUUAUUGUUAAUAUUGAGGGAUGUAGGUUUAAUUUUUUUGUGGUUAUUUUUGCCAAUAUUUGCAAUUCCAGGACACAGCAAAAUCAAAACUUCACUGAAGGAACUAAAUGAUUAUACAAAAAAAUAUAAAAUCUACAAAUAUAAAAUCUACUUUAUUUGCAAAAUUUAUUCAUAUCAUGGCAUUAAGAAUUCGUAACAUAAUGAAAAUUGUAAAAAAAACAUGAAUAGUCGUGAAAAAGGGCAAGUUGUAUUACGGUAUGUAAAGUAUUUGGUUAGUUAGUGUCAUAGUGUAGAUGUGUAUAACAGCAGCCAAUACAAUGUUAAGAGUGAUACAGAUAAUUUAAUAGUUGACAGUAGUGUUUAUUGAAAGCCCUACAUUUAUAAUGCAUUAAGAUGCAAUUCUACAACAAUCUUAAAUAUGAAAUAGAUUUAUAUAUCUCACCAUUCUUUUUAAAGAACAAAACCUAUUGGCAUGUUUUUUUUUAAUAGCUUUAUGAUAAAAUCUUGUUAAAAUUUUGUUUGAAGAUAAAUACACUGUGAUAAAAUCUUGUUAAAAUUUUGUUUGAAGAUAAAUACACUGUCAAUAUAUGAAUAGUUCAUGCCUCAUGAAAAUCUUGGCUUAGCUUAAAUGGUAAUGUACGAUGUUUCCUACUUGUGCAGAUGUGAAUGUGUGGCUGUGUAAUUGUGAAGGAAGCCAUUAUCAAUGUCUUCAUGUUAGGUGUAUUGUUUGCGCAAAGAAUCUAUAAUAAAAUAUAGCUAUAUUAAAUAUGGUCGUUGAAACUAAGGUUGAAAUUGUGGAAAUAUUCACAAUGUAUUUUAUAGAAAGAAAACAUGAAUAAAUAUUGUAAAACGA